AGGACCGAUGGGGUAACUUGUGAGUUUAGUUUUAAGGUUAGGGUUAGUGACUCGGUGACACCGUGGUGGACCGCAGACGCCAGUCCGCGGAGUUUUCGGUGCGCGAGGGAGCGAAGAGGAGCGAACGCGCCGGAACAUCGCGUCAAAAUCGGGAGGAACGUUCCGCGAGAUCGGUCAUCGUCACAAGUGACGAAUCGAACAGAAAAAAGAAAAACGGCGAGGCGCGCCGUCGCGGUUCCGUGAUUUCUGUUUAUAUCGGCGAUCGCGAGACCGCCGCGGGUGGCAUCCGCCGCGCGCGUCCAAAAAUAGAAAACGGCGACGGCCGCGGGACGACGAAAGGAAUUAUUCUCUCCCGCGAACGAGAGGAGGAUCGCCCCUCUCGAAUUGUUUCGGAAUCCUGGAGACAGUCGAUGACACGAGGCCGGAGCGCGUGACGUGACAACGUGCCGCGAUAGUCCUUCGUCCUCUUCCUCCUCCUCCGCCGUCGCCGCUCCUUGUCGGUUUCGAAAUCCUCCCGAACGCUUCUCGCGACCGACGAAUCUGUCGCUGACCCGCGUUCCGCGUACCGUCGAAUCGCGAUAUCGAAUGUCUGAUUUCGUUAUCGGCGCGGGUUCGUCUUCUCACUUCCCGAUCCGAUUAAGAAAAUAGGAUCAGUCGAGAUAAUGAUGAGCACUGUCGCGCGAUAUUUCUAGUCGUUUCGCCACGGUGAUGCCUCGAGGCCUUCCGCGCGUGCAGCAAAAUAGAGACGCGCGGGAGAGUUAUUCCCUGCAUUCCGAACCCGAGAGAUCCUCGACAGGCGCGAGGCUGCGCCGAGCACGAAAUUGACAACUCGCGGGUGGCAAGGUCGGACAAAUGAGGCGUCGCGCGGCGAACGACGACGCGAGGCGAUCGGCAAGGAUACCGAUGACCGUUCGUCCCUGCGAAACGGCUGUGCGUGGGCCCCAGUGAGAAGAUGUCGCAGACCGCGGAUGCUGAAAGCGAGACGGGCUCCAUUUGCGACGAGGAACGCGUUCGUAAACUGUUCCAGGCAUGCGACGGCGACGGCGAUGGCUACAUCGACAGCCAGGACCUAUUGACGGUGUGCCGGGAAUUGAAUCUCGAGAAUUCGGUGGAGGAAUUGAUGCGGGAAUUGGGCGCGGAUGAGCACGGUCGCAUUUCCUACCAAGAGUUCCUUAGGCGACGUCUGGCCCUGCGACCGGAAAUCGAGGCGCUUAGGGCUGGCAAACGACGGAGCAGUCCACAUCACACCCACACGCCAGAGUACCUGCCUACCAGCAGCGACAACAGUCUCGGCACUGUGUCGGGACGACAUGAAAGUUGGGAGUUUGACAGCGGUGCCCGUGAUUUGUCGCCGGAACCCCAUAGUCUUCAGAAGCUAGUAGAGGCAGCCGCUGGUGGGACCGGAAAUAUGCUGGACCUCGCGAAUAAGCUUCAUGCAGCCGCGCUCUCCUCCCUGCGAUCCGAGGUGGCCGAGCUGAACUCGCGGCUGGUGGCGGCUACUCGCGCGCGGGAAACCGCCGAAACCGCGCUGAUGCGGGCGGAGGUCCAGGCGGGCCGCGCCGAGCAACGAGCGGAACAGCAGGCGGUACGACACGAGGAACGGCUCACCGAGUUGCACUCCGUCAUCGCCGAGCUCGGCAGACAGCUGGAGCGGCAUCGCGCUACCGUAAUUGCCGAGGAGGACGAGUCCGAAGUCGAGACGAGCAGGGACGCCGAGGGUUCCAUCACCAACCCAGUAGAGGAGAGUGAGGGCGGCGGGGACAUCCAGGGAGAUGGGGAUCGCACCUUGGGGGAUGCCGACUCUAGCUGCUGCGAGGACGAGAAUCGACCGACAGAAAAUGGUAGGGAACAGCUGGACAGUCCAGCCGCGUUGCCGACUCCUGAGCCAACACAACAAGCGGCAUCGUGCCAGAGCGUCGCCGUCGCGACGCUGCAAGAGGAGAUCACGGCGUUACGGGCAGAGAUCACGAGCCUGCAGGCACAAUUGAUUCAUUUUAAAAGUCAGAGCAGCAAUCAGAGGCAAACGGUGAGCAGCGAUUCACCGCGUCGAGAACUUCGAACAAGGGGCAACACCAGCUCGCCGGAACCUUUGACAGCACCGUGCUCGCCGCUCUUGCCACCGCUACAGACACCUCCAACAAAGAGCAUGACGAGGGAGGAACCGCCAGUCCUCAAGAUGGCAGAGAGGGUGAGAUUGAGGAGGACGGACGAGAGGCACAUUACCGGUCCGGACAUUACUAAUCUUGGGGUGUGCUCCACGAUGGUAGCCGAACAUCUCGUGUCGGAUCUCCUAGAACAGUCAAACCUGCAGGAGCUGAACGGUUCUGAGAAGCAGUUCGAGGUCGAGACGGAACGAUUGAACAGCAGACUCGAACAUGCGCGGGCGAACAACGCGGUCCUCGCGCUCACAUUGCACGAGAGCAAGGCACAAUGCGAUAGAUUGAGCUUAUUAGUCGGCAAGUACGAAUCGAAUGCGACGGCGUUGCGACUCGCACUUUCGUUCAGUGAUCGCGCGAUUGAGGCCUACGACGUUCUAGUCGCUCUGCUGGAGAGCGAAAUUGCGCUUUCCACCGAGAGAAACGGUGUGACAAUCGAUAAUAGAAGGGCGGCUGAAAACGUUGCUUAUCAUGUGCUAAAUAGACUCGAGAAUGACUGUACUAACACGUUGGGUGCUCCAUGGGAAGACAGCAUGGUCUUGUCGGACGAAUCGGAAAUAACCUGGAACGUGGAGGACGAGCAACGACUCAGGAGGCACAUAGGUAGACUGAAGGGAGAACGUACAAUGGUCAGAUCGACGGCGGUCGAACUGGAGAGCGUGCACGCAGAACCUCUGAACUCAAAGAACACCAUCUCUCUAGCGGAGGCCAGGAAACUCGACUUGGAAACUGCUGUGCUCAUGCAGGAACUAAUGGCCAUGCGAGAAGACAAGGCUGAGUUACGUGCCAGGGUGUUCCUUCUAGAAAAGGAACGUGCUACGAUAGAACUGAAGCUAAACGCUCGCGAUACACAGAUCGCAGCCCAACACGCUACCAUACAGCACCUCCAGGGUCAGCUGAGCGACGCAGAGGCUAUGCUUGCGAUGGCAACAAACAAGGAUCGAGGUUUAAGCGACAACGAAAGUGAGGGAAUGGAGUCUGAAUUGAUCGAAGCAUUAGGCAGAGAGGCGAGACUGAAGGAACGCCUGCAGGAAUUGAUCUCAACUCUGGACGAAGUCAACAAGAAUUCCGAACUCAGACAUCAACAGUCUGCCGAACUCGUCAACGAUUUGAAAAGAGCUAACGGAGCGCUAGUCCAAACUCUGGAGAAAUCCAAGAAGAAAUAUCAAUCCAGAUUGAAGAAGCUGGAGCAACAGAUGCUGGGAAUGGUAGAAAGACACGCUGUGCAGGUGAAAACAUUGAAGCAACGAAUAGCUCUAUUGGAGGAAGAAUCAAUGGGUUACAAGGGAAGUAUGGCAUUGCAGUCUCAAAGUUCUGGCGCCAGCGAAACAUCUUUAUGACAAUUGAGUGAUUAAAUGGCAA